AUUUAUAACAGAGAGAGAGAGAGCGAGCGAGCGAGCGAGCGAGCUUUGAAUUGAACUCAAGGCAAUGGAGGUCAGUCCAGCCCCAGCCCCAGCGAGUGAUGCAACCGAAACCAAGGGCCUGAAACCCCUCAUCUCGCUCUACUCCAACUGUCUCUGGAACCGCGUCCGCCGCUUCCUCCCCGCUUCUGAUUCCAAUUUUCUCCGGAAAAUUCCAAUUCUUGCUGGGGCUGGGGGGGAAGCCAGAUCACGGAAACGACGAGAAUGUCUUCCCCUUCCGCUGCCUUUUAAUCCACUGGAGUCAUCUGGGGUAUCGACAGAGGCAUCUAGAGUUUUUGAUGUUCUACAUGAUAUGUUGGAACACAUCUUCUCCAAUUUGCAUAAUAUCCAGAAGAACUUGCAGUUUUGGCAAUCUAGGGCUGAGGGAUCUAAUGCUCAAAAAGUAAAAUUUAUGGUGUUAGAGAGAGGGCCACAUGCUUUUAUUGAAGGUGCAAUUCAGCUGAUACGUGGAUGCAUUGCUGAAGGUUCUUCUAUACAGAGUAUAUCCCUCUCUGCAUCCGCUCACAUAUCUGAACGGAUAACUAUAUUAACUAGCUUGAGAUGUUCUCUCGCCACAUUUUUGGCCCAGGUUUACAUGGAAAUUGACAAGUUUGGAGACGGGUUAGUGAGAGAUCCAGAGAAUUCAUUGCCUUCCUUACUAAUUAGAAUUAAUGACUUAUUCUUCAAACUAGAGGCAUCUGUUGGCCAUGUGCAUGCAAUGCGGCAGGUUGACUCGUCUGUUGAGGGCAGCUAUUCAGUUCCACUACUAUUUGAGAAACUCCCGGAAAUAAAUCAAGAAGGAUCCCAGUGGACAGACUGUGAAAUUAAGGAUGCUAUCAAUUUGGUUUAUCAGAAUCUGCACAAGCUCGAUUCUUACUUGUCUUCUAUUGUUUGCAAACAUCGUAAACCAAGGAAGGUAACACAAUAUUGGAUCCGUUAUACAUGUGGUGCGGUUGGCCUCUCAGUUUGUUCUGUGUGGCUUAUAGGACAUAGUAGUCUGAUGGGAAGUCCUGACAUUGACAAUUGGGUUCGUGAAGCGAGGGAUUCAACAGUCAGCUUCUUUAGCGAUCAUGUGGAGCAACCGCUUCUGUCUAUUAGAGACGAACUCUUUGAGACAUUCAGGAAAAGACAUAAAGGAAUGAUGGAUCAUGAAGAAGUGCAACUAACUUCUAAUUCUCUACACAGAAUGUUACUGGCUUUCACUGAGCAGACAAAAGGCCAAAAGUUCCCAGAGAAUGCAUCAGAUCAGGAAAUGCUUGAAAUAGUCAUGGCCAGGUAUGAAGAGGAACUUACACAUCCUAUUCAGAACCUUCUUAAUGGAGAGCUGGCUCGUGCUAUGCUGAUCCAGGUUCAGAAGCUAAAGCUGGAUAUUGAAACGGCGAUGCUUGAACUCAACCAAAUUCUGAGGGCAAAUGAGAUCAAUUUUGCUAUUCUGGCGGCUUUACCGGCAUUCUUCCUCUCCCUCAUUCUGCUAAUGGUAGUGCGUGCAUGGUUCAAGCAGGAUACUAGAGCAGAAGGAAGGGGAAGAAUUGCUCGGAUCCAGCGGAGGUUACUGGUUGUGGAGGUUGAGAAACAGAUUAUGCAGUAUCGUACUUUUUACGGUCAAGGGAUGGAGAAAGAAGCGCAGUGCGUGUAUGGAUUGUUGUUGUAUAGUCUGGAUCGACUAUACCGUGUUGUGAAGAGGCACGCAAAAGCAACCGGUGAAUGGAAAUGGUUGAGUGAGGAUAUUGUUGACUUGGGGAAGCCCAGCCUCCAAAUUGGAGAUAAACUCAUAUUGACCACACGCAUGGUACGAGUGUACGACUGUCUGCUUCCUUCGUUGAAACGCCAAUAGGACUCUUUUCUUCCCCUCCCCUCCCUCGUAUUGACCUCGGAGGAGCAUUCUCUUCUUUCCUAAUCUCUCUUUCUCAUUCUUUCCCGUCCUUUUCCUCCGCCCGCCUAUCUUUCACAGCUUAGAAAUUUUGUUAGUAGAGAAAACUCUUUGUAAAUGUUUGGUUUACAUAUGUAUUAUUUUUCCUUUUCCUAAAAAAAAUAAGACAUUGACACUUAUUUCAUCACUAAAAAGCAAUGUUACAAUUUUUAAUUUUUUAAUGUACACAUGGGGUCAGUGA